GAAGACAGGCGGGCCACCGAACCAACCUCGUCGGAGAACUUAUCUCUACCGUAUCCUUGAUCGGCGAUCGGACAUUCGACUUUAACACCUCCGAAUUUCAUUACACUACAGCGGUCUCAACUGACAAUACGCAAUGCGUAUCAAUUCUCCAAAGGUAGAUAGAGUUUGUUUGAUCAACAACUCGUGAUUUGAGCGAAUCUAUCUGAUGUUCUCUUCGGAUUCGUCGUAUCGGUUAAACUACUCAUCAAACGCAUCAUCUGUUGAAGUCCUGCUGACAUCAGCCUGGAAGGUUAAUGGAUUCUAAUAACUGGAAGACACAAUUGCAUUCUGAUUUCAGACAACGUGUUGUCAAUAAGAUAAUUGAUAAUCUUAAAAAGCAUGUUUCAUAUCCUGGACAAGAGAAUUUUCCAGGAAUGGAGCAACUUGCUGUUAAGUUUGAAGAAAAGACUUAUGUUGCUGCAACAAGUCAAGAGGAUUACUUGAGAAAAAUAUCCAUGAAAAUGAUGUCAAUGGAAACAAAAUCUCAAAAUAUUGUUGCCAAUUCUUUGCCACCUAACUCUUCCAGUGGUAGCAAAACCUCUCAAGAUGCAGCAUCUAGUUACAUGCAAUCUCAGAUUGCAAAUCAAGGACAGCAACUUCAAGUGCAGAUGGGGAACACGGCAACUGAAGUACGUCAGCGGUUGCUGUCUCAGAGCAUUCAGAACAACAUUGCAGCUAGUAGUACACCGACUUCAGUUAGUAGUUUACCUUCAAGUGCUAUGCCAAAUGUUGUUGGUCAAAGUCCCAACUUGCCAGGCAUACACAAUGUAUCCGGCAUUUCAGCUGGAACUUCACAGAAUCUAAAUGGAGACUCCAUGAGGCAAGGAGUGUCAUCUAGUGUGUUUCCUAAUUCCCCGAGGCAGAUGCAAGGAAGACACCAGGUUGGUUCCCCUCAGCAGCAGCCACCAUCUCAGAAUCCACAGCAGCAGCCACCAUCUCAGAAUCCACAGCCGUCACCAUCUCAGAAUCCACAGCAACACUAUAAUUACCAGCCGCAGCUUCUGAAACAGAAAUACCCUCAUGGAAGUGUACAACAUUCAGUCAUGCAAUCUCGUAUGCAACAACAGACCCUAAACUCUACUCAGUUACAAUCUUCACAACAACUUGUUAUGCAACCUUCUAAGGUGCAGUCAGCUCCAAUGUCAGGCCUCCAUCAGAGUCAACAGUCUUCUCUUCAAAAUUCUACUCAAUCUGUGCUUCAGCAAAAUCCACAAGCAGUGUUUAGGCAACAACAGCCUCCGCAUCAAACACCCAUGAUUCAGCAACAAGCAUCUUUGCAGCAGCAGUCUUUAUUGUCUAUGCAGCAGCAGGUAAGUUGGCCGCAACCAAAUUCUACAAACAUACAGGUGAAUCAGCUGAUUGGAGAAAACAGCAAUCCUGACAUGCAGCAGCAACAACAGCAGAGGUUGUUAGGUCAGCAAAAUAAUCUUUCCAAUCUUCAGCAUCAUCAACAUAUGGGCCAAGCAAAUAAGCCUCACAUGCAUCAACAAAAGUCAGUUUCUCAGAACAAUGUUGCUGGACUACAGCAGCAGCCGCCCCUUGGUAAUCAAUCAGGUAGCCCCAAUUCACCGGCAAAUCAACACUCAUCACAGAUAUUGCAGCAAUCCAAGAUUCCUUCUCAGAAACAUAUCCAGGCGGGUGCUGGAUUGUCACCAAACCAAGGCCAUCAUUCACAAUCACAGACACUUACACAACACUUGAUGACCCAGAUGCAGUCACAAUCCGGACAAAUGCAGCAACACCUCGGCUUUAAACAAAAACCGGGUUCUUUGCAACGAGAUAUGCAGCAGAUAGUUCAAACAUCUGGUCCAUCGCCUCAAUCACAUAAUUUGAGUGAUCAGCAAAACCAAUUAAUUCAGUCACAAGGAAACAUUCCAGAGGCAUCAUCUGAUUCUACGGCUCAAACAGGAAAUGCAAACAGUGGAGAUUGGCAAGAGGAAAUCUAUCAGAAGAUUGUAGCAUUGAGGGAAACAUAUUUUCCAGAACUAUCAGAGAUCUACCAUAAAUUUGCUGAUAAAAUACAGCAGCAAGAAUCACAUCCUCAACCAAGAAAUGAUGCAUUUGAGAGGAUUAGAGAAUUUAAAAACAGGUUGGAAAAGCUGAUUGCGGUGUUGAAGAUUCCAAAAAGCAGUAUUUUACCUGGUUUCAACAACAAGUUAAUAGUUAAUUGGGAGAGGCAAAUAAUUCAUCUUCUCAGUACACACAAAACCCGUAAACCUGGUGUUACAAUAUCAUCACAAGGGCAAAGACUUCCCUCAUCUCAGAUGCAACAACCUGUCCAGCAGUCACAGCAGCAACAUUCUCAGAGCCAGGCACAUUUGAUUACGAGUCAAAUGAACUCCCAAGUACAGUCAAUGACUUUACCAAACUCUGCAGGUGCAGUAAAGUUGAAUAACAUGUCUGGCUUGCAACAGAAUUCCUUGUCCCCGUUGUCUGGAAUGCAAACUGUCUCACAGAACAUGGGAAAAUCACUCGCUCCUAGCUCCAGUAGUGAUUCUGGGCAAGGAAAUUCCAUGAAUACAUUGCAGCAUGUUUCUAUUGGAUCUCAACAACAAGGCAAUGCCAACUUGUCAUCACAAGCUGGAACAAAUUUGCCGCAGCCAAGCAUUGGUUCCUUCCAGACAAAUACCAGUUUAGCACAACAACACCAUCUUAAACAACGAGAUCAUCAAAUGCUACAGACACAACAACCAUUGAAGGUUCAAAUUCAGCAGCAGCAGCAGCAGAAGCAGAUGCAACAACUUCUUCAAAGACAACAAUUACUCCAGCACCAGGUACCACAACAGCAACAGGUAUUGCAUCAACCAACAAAGAAGCAACAGGCUACUCUAUUGGAUCCACACCACAUGUCUCAGCUUCAUCAGAUAGCUGAUGUAAACGACUUAAAAACGAGGCAGCAGAUGGGCAUAAACGUAGGAGGUUUUCAACAGCAUCAGUCUGUCGGACAGCGAUCAGUAUAUCACCAACAGCAGCAUAGAGCAGGAGUUUCAUUUCCUAGUGCUUCACCUCAACUCUUCAAUGCAGUAUCUCCUCAACUUUCACAGAAUCUAUCUCCAGAUCAGCAAAAUAUGCUUACUGCUCUUUCGAAAAUUGGGACUCCGUUACAGUCGGCAAGCUCACCCUUUGUAGUUCCAUCUCCUUCAACUCCUCUUGUUCCAUCUCCGAUGCCUGGGGAUCCAGAGAAGAUUAGCUCUGAAGUUUUAGUACAUCCCAAUGCAGGAAAUAGUGGAAACCAACAAAUUGCUGCUGCAACUUCAGUCCAAUCCAUGGCCAUCAACACUCCUGGUAUAUCUGCAUCACCUUUACUUGGUGAGUUCACAAGUCCCGAGAAUCAUGGUAAUGUCUCAACAGCCAUUUCUGACAAGUCUUCUGUGCAAAAGCCUUUUGAGCGAUUACUUAAAGCGGUAAAGUCAAUGUCAUCUAAGGCAUUGAGUGCCUCAGUUAGUGAUAUACACUCUGUGGUUAGUAUGAUGGAUGGAAUAGCAGGAUCAGCACCAACUAUUGGCUCUAGAGCUGGAAUCGGUGAAAAUUUGGUUGAUAUGACUAGAUAUCACUUACAGGCUAUAAGUUCUGCAAGUCAAGAUGGAGCAACCGGAACAAGGAAAAUGAAGCGCCAUAUGACAGCAGUGCCCUUUAAUGUACCAUCUGCUGGAACCAUCAGCGAUAGCUUCAAAACUAUUACUGGUUGCGAAGCAUCUGACAUUGAGUCAACUGCAACAUCUAGUGUUAAGAAGCCUAGAAAUGAGACUAAUAAUACAUUGUUGGAGGAGAUGAAGGAAAUAAAUUAUCGACUUAUAGACACUGUGGUAAAUAUUAGUGAUGAAGAUAUUGUUGAUCCUAUGUUGGCAACUACUGCAGCUGAAAAGGGUGAUGGAACCAUAGUCAAGUGCUCAUUUAUUGCUCUUGCUCCUAAUCAUGACUUGAAAUUGGAAUAUGGUUCACUAAAUAAGUCGCAAAUUCAGCCUAUAAGAUUGCUCGUACCUGCUAACUAUCCAAAUUGCUCUCCAAUCCUGUUGGACAAGUUACCAAUUGAAGAAGAAUCGUGUAAAGAAGUGGAUAAUUUGUCUUCAAAGGUAAAGGCAAGGUUUAGGGUCUUGCUCCGAGAUCUUUCACAUCCAACUUCGCUCCAUGAAAUUGUAAGGACGUGGGAUGGUUGUGCUCGUGCAGCGAUCCUCAAACACGCAGAAGAUAUUGGUGGUGGGAGCUUCUCUUCCAUUUAUGGAGCCUGGGAUAACUGCUCAACUACUACAUGAUGGCCCAUUGCUGCUGCUGCUGCUUCAAUUUUUAAAAAAAGUUUUAUUACUAUAAUAGCAGUUUAGUAAAGAGGAAUCUGAUUUGUAGACAUUAAAGGAAAACAGUUAAUAGAAUCAUUACAAAAAAAAAUGUUUCUUCCAUUGAUUUAAUACGUUCUUGAAAGGAUAGUACAAUAUUCAAUUUUAUUUUUUAUUAGCUCAA